AUGUCUCAACCGUGGCGCCCCUACAGCUUCGAAUACGGUGAUGAUCCUGGAGAGCCUGUCGAAGAGACGCGCCCCGAGUCGACUGAGUCUCUCAUCAAACCCAAACCGCAGAAGAGCACUGUCAUGAACUUGCCCAACGUAUCAAUCAGUACCAUAGGCGACCUCUCUCGUGUCGAAGACGGCGGAGAGCCUUCCAGUCAUGCGGCAGCGUCAGAGAGUUCUGAUAGGUAUGAAGAGCACAAGCAAUCUGUAGGCGUAGUGGAUCGUAGCCACGAGCACACUGGACUUGGGCUGACACAAAAACUCCCUGGUAGCGUUGCACGUGCACGUGCUGCUGUAGAGGUGCGAAUACAGGUUAUCAAGGCCGAACUGGGUUCCCGUCAAGAAGGCUCCAAGCUCGCUCGCGAUGGCGCAGCAGUCCUACCCCCCGUACCAACCAUCAAGUUCACCGACAACGAGAAAGAGCCGAAGGAGAGUGGAGAGCCAUGUGGAAAGUGGCGAUGCUGCAAGUGCAAUCGAGCCCAGGAGCUUGUCAGCUACACCAAAGGCGAGCAUCCGGUCAGCGUCUUGGAGUGCGCAUGUGUGCAUCGGUCCUGUACCAAGUGUACUUUGGAGGGUCUGAUCAAGGCUUUCGUGCCUAUGAGCGAGCCAGAGGUUGUGACCUUGUCAGAAGACGUCAACAAGAGCAUCCGUUUCGGCGUCUUUUGUGAUGGCUGUGGCUUAUCCUGGCGCGCGCGCGAGGUCCACGAUGAUGCGAGCACAAAGGCAGCGGUGAAGUCGGCCCUAUUGCGAGUCUCUGCUCUCCCUAGACGACUGACCAAGCGCGGUCCCCAUGCUUUAGAGCGUCUCCGGCCUUCGCAGUCGAUGAGCAAUCUCCAUGCCCAGCCUCGAGCCACUGCGCCUCUCACCGUUUCGAAGUCUGUCCUCAACCUCCGAGCCCUAUCCAGCGAAAUGGAGAAAGAGUAUGGAAAACAGGCUGAGAUGGUCUCUGUCAAGUUCACGGGCAUCAAGUGUGAUUGCGGCAUGGUCACUGAUGCUUCUUCGCUUUGCUUCCAGAUUGUGGACCCUCCCAAGGACUUCUACAAAGCUCAGUUUUCAAAGCUGAUGGCAGAGCGUAAGGUAACACCGCCUAGCUUUGGAACAACACCGGAAGACCAGGCUAGAGGUCAUGGAGCACCUACCUUGACUCUGAAGGGAGGCCGUGUCCGUCACGCCAACCCGCUUAGGAGCAACCCAGUCUAG